GCUGAAAAUGCCAAAAAAUGAAAAAAAUGCCAAAAUGUCUGUUGUCCGUUGAGGUUGCAUUGCAAUUUGUGUAGUUUUCGAGGGUGAAUUUAAUUUAAAACUAAAUGUUUCUUAAACUACACACAAUUUUGAACUAAAUUCAUUCAUUCCUCGUGUUAAAUUGCAACCAUAUUCUCGUUCUGUUCAGUUUGAGGCGUUCUCUGCAUUUUCGCCCGCAUAGUUAAUAAAGUUUUGUUUGUACGAAAUUACACGGAAGCGGGAAAAUGGCAGCGUUUAGAAUUCACGAGGAUCAAGAAAAUGCUGCGUUAGGCUUAAGAAAAGAUGCUGAUGUGUUCGCAGCCGCCACGCAGCGUCGCGCUCUCGGAGACCUCGGCCAGUUUGCCUGCCUACAGAAUAGAACAAAAAAACAUGCCGGAUUGACGAAUGUACCCAGCAAGGGUCAAGAUGAGAACAGAACGAUGCGUCAAAUAAAAAACGAGAAGAAUAUCGUUCCACCUGUAGCUCAGUUUCGCGCGUUUAGCGUUUACGAAGACAAGGACAAACCAUCAGAAAACGAAGUUAAGAAACGAGAACCCACGUUCAAGCCUUUCGUAGCUAAAGAGAUAAGAAAGGACAGCUUCUUUAUCAAUGCAGCAGAGAACGUCAAGGCACUAUGUGCACAGGUGGAAAAGAAGAAGGAACCGGAAGUCAAAAAAGAGGCUGAACCAAUUAAGCUUCCAUUAAAAGAACAGAAAGAAACAGAAGAAAAAGAGAAUGUUGUUGUGGAGUCACCUAUGUCAGUGGUUGACUCUAGCAUCCUGUCCAUGUCAAUCUCAAAGAAUGAAAGUCAGAUUGAUGCAGAUAACGAUGGGGACACCACUAAGGCCCAGACUGAUCGGGAGAUGUUCUUCCAUGUGGUGGAAUAUAGACAAGACAUCUAUGAUUACAUGAGAAGUAUUGAGGUAAAGAACAGAGCCAACCCACGCUACAUGCGUAAACAGCCAGAUAUUACAUACGUCAUGAGGUCUAUUCUCGUUGACUGGCUGGUGGAAGUAUGUGAUGAGUACGGACAACAAAGUGAGACCCUGCACUUGGCUGUGUCAUAUGUAGACCGGUUCCUGUCGUAUAUGAGUGUAGUACGCACCAAGCUGCAGCUUGUAGGCACUGCGGCAACUUAUAUUGCCUCGAAAUAUGAAGAGGUGUUUCCCCCAGAAGUGGCAGAGUUCGUCUACAUAACCGACGACACGUACACCAAGCGCGAGGUGCUGCGCAUGGAGCACCUCAUCCUCAAGGUGCUGUCCUUCGACCUGUCCACACCCACUGCGCUCGCCUUCCUCUCGCACUUCUGCAUAUCUAACGGAUACUCCAAGAAGAUAUUCCACAUGGCUGCUUACAUAGCCGAGCUGUCACUGCUGGAGGCGGAGCCCUACCUGCAGUACAAGCCGUCGAUGAUCGCGGCCGCCGCGCUCGUCACCGCGCGCCACUGCCUGCUGUGCGAGCGGCAGGACUGCUGCGACGGAGCCGCCACCAAGCAUUGUGCUGACGUCGCAUGGCCGGAGGAGCUGGCGACACACUCGGGCUACGCGCUGGCCGACCUGACGGCGUGCGCGCGCGAGCUGAGCCGCUCGCACGCGCACGCGCCGCACCAGCCCUACCAGUCCAUCAUCGACAAGUACAAGAACAACAAAUUCGACUGUGUGUCCACAAUCGAAGCCAAGCCAAUGUUCCCAGUAGCGAAGUACCAAGCGCCAGUGCCGACUCGACCGGCGCCGGCGAGCUAGUUUAACUGUGUCUUAGCCUAUGUUACACUAAACAAUUGUUUCCUAUUGGAUGGAGAUCUAAAUUUAUUGCAGACUGAUAAUACGGUAACUAAAAAGGCAUAAUGUAACUAAUAUAUAAAGGCAUAAUGUUUUUGUGUCUUACAGUCUGCAAGCUUUAGUAGUGGGACAAUAUUUUGUUUUAGAUUAAUGAACAUGCUAAUAAUAGAUCUUGUCCAAUUCAGAGAGGCCAAUGUUAAUUAACUAACUUUUUCCAGUUUGCUAUCUAUGGCAAUGUUUUUCCAUGAAUGUUCCUUGAACAAAUUUUGUUUUUUUUUAUUAUUUAUUUUGAUGCAUGCCCCGAGACAAUUUUAAUUUAUUAAAUAAAUAAGUUUCGAUAAAAACUGUUCCAAUUUAGUUUUUAUGUGGUAUAACCUUCCACAGAAGAAUUCCUGGAAUCCAAAUUAGAUCACAUAUAUUCCAAGGCUCUGAAUUCCAGCUGCUAAAAAGAAAUUUCAGAUUUUAGUAUUGUAAUCCUCAGACUCAUUUUGAUACAAAAUGAAAAUUAUACAGUGUAUUAAUGUGGUGUUCAAUUUUAGCAUUUAUUAAAAUUAAGAAUUCUGUGACAAUAUUCUGUAAUGUUUAUUAGAGAAGUCAUAUUUUUGUUAAAUAGUUUUAGAUGUAAUAACUGAGACUAAAAUAAGAAAUGCGUGCUUGCUUGGUGUUUUUAGGAUUUGAUAUAAAAACUAUUUAUAUAAUUUUCCGCGACUGUCUUCAUUGCUCUUCGAGUUCCCGCAGACUUUUCAUUGGGCGAUUUUGUUGGGUUGCUUUUAGUAGUCUUAUUGACUACGGAAAGUUGAAAGACUAGCAAACUUGAGAAAAACAGUAUUUUUGUGAUAUCGCUUGGUGUUUUAUAGAUUUUAUUUAAAAAGCAUUUUUUAAUGUUCCGCGACUGUCUACAUUGCUCUUAGAGUUGCCGCAGACCACAUCUUUUUUUUUAUUUUCUUGGGCUGCUUUUAGUAGUCUGAUUGACUACGGAAACUUAGACUACCAAACUUCGGGUAAACAGUACUUUUGUGAUAUAGCUUGGUGUUUUUAGAUUUCAUUUAAAAAGUAUUUUUUUAAUGUUUUGCGACUGUCUACAUUGCUCUUCUAGUUACCGCAGACAAUAAACUUUGUAUUGAUUUUGUUGGGUUGCUUUAAGUAGUCUGAUUGACUACGGAAAGUGAGACUAACAAACUUGAGGUAAAAAUUAUUUUUGUGAUAUUGAUGUUGAUGUGUUGACCUUUACAUUUAUUUUGCAAUUUCAUGUUGUGGCACCAACAAAAGUCAUCUAAAAGAAACAGGUCUGCGAUGUCUGUAAUUUGUAUUUAAGUUUUCAUUUUAUACGGAAGACCAAACUAUAUUAUAAUAAUUUACAAUUUUAUUUGACUGAUAAACAUAAUUUGCGUAUGUUAGUGUGUAGGGACUCUCAGAUCGCAUGGUAUAAUUUUUAGUAGAAUGCACAAAGUGUUUGACUAGGGUAAGCUAUGGAAGGUAGGUUAACAAAACACAUUAGGCAUAGUGGGUAUUUUUGGUUAUGUGCAACUUCACUAAUUGGGAGUUACUCCAGUUAUGUCGAUAGCGGAAAGAUCACGUAAAACAGGAUAUAUAUUACCUCCAAAAUUAUAAAUAUUUAAAAAAAAUCAGUUAAAACUUUACUUUUCACCGUUGUGUUCAAGUUUUCGUUUCGUCUUCCGUAUCUAUCAUUCUGGUAGCUGAAAAGUUGGGAACUGUUGUAAUUCGCUAUUUUGUAGUUAAUAAAGAUUAAUAAUUAUAAUCAAUAAAAUAAUUGUAAUUGUUUUGUGAUGCGAUUCUCUUGUGGACCAAUUAAUGAUAAUGGAUGAACUAGAUAUAGCAAAUACUAAAAAAUUUAAAAUACUUGUCAUGUUAUGGACCAAUUUGCUAGCUAAUUAUGAUAGUUUACAACGAUAAUUAAAAAAAUAAUAUUUUGUUAGAUAAGACAUAAUAUGGCGGUAGUUUAAAAUUAUUUGGUAACUGUUAGCGUAAUUAUUAUUAACUAGCGGACGCCCGCGACUUCGUCCGCGUGGAAAUCAAUAAACUUGCAAUCCCUAUUUCACCAUUUAAGGGGUGACUUGGGGUUGAAAGGACUUUCCAUACAAAUUUACAACCCUUAUUCCCCCCUCCCCCCUCUUCUCACUUUAUUUUCGCAAUAAAAAGUAUUCUAUAACCUCCGUAUUAUGGUCUUAAACGGUGCCAAGUUUCAUUUGAAUUCAUUCAGUAGUUUCAGCGUGAUGCCCGAAUAACAUAAAAACACGGACAGACAGACAAAAAAUCGAACAAAAAAUAUUUUUGGCUUCAGUAGCGAUUGUAUAAUGCCACCCAACAAAAAUUUUCAAAAUUAUCUUCAAUGACCAGAAUUGGACCUGCUACAGUUUUAUUAUAAGUAUAGAUUUUAAACGGAUGAACGAUACUGCACUUAGCAUCUAAAAGAGUAGGUAUUUUAUAGUGUGAUUUAGCGACAUUGACUAUGUAUGGCGUAAUGUUAAUUUUAAAAUACCAAUAAUUCUUAGCGUAUAUUUUCACGUUUGUUAGUAAAUUAUUAUUAUUUUUUUUGAGAUAUAAGGUAUGUUUUUAGGUUUGAUAAGUAGUUUUUAAUUUAAUUUAAUAUAAUAAAGUUCAUAUUUUUUUCUCAUACUAGUAAUAAUAUAAAAUUAUAAAAAUAA